AUGGCACCCACCAAGCCCCUAACCCUGCACGCCCACGCCACAGGCCCGAACCCAAUCAAGAUCGCCGCGGCGCUCGAGUUCCUAAACAUACCGUACGAGAUCAAGAUGUGGGACUUCGGCCCCGACGCCGACAAGGGCGUCAAGGGCGCCGCCUUCCUGGCCAUCAACGAGAACGGGCGCGUGCCCGCGCUCGAGGACCCCAACACGGAGGGCGGCGUCGUGAGCUGGGAGUCGGGCGCCUGCAUGAACUACCUGCGCCGCGUCUACGACAAGGAGGGGAAAGUCCUCGGGCCCCGGCCCGGCGCGAGCGAGCAGGACCGCGUCGACUUCGACAAGUGGGAAUACUUCCUGCUGACGACGCUGGGGCCGAUGCUGGGGCAGACGAACUGGUAUCGGCACUACAACGCGGUCAAGAACGAGGAUGCGCUGAAGCGCUACGUUGAGCAGACCGAGCGCUGCUUCGGCGUCCUCGAGGGACAGCUGAAGAAGACGGGUGGUGAGAGUAUCCUACCUGGCGGCGUGACGGCGGUGGACCUGCACUAUGAGCCGUGGGUGCGGCAGCACAAGUAUGCGCAGAUCAGUUUGGAUCCGUACCCGACAGUCAGCAAGUGGUUGCAAAAGAUGGACGGGCUCAAGGAGAUCCAGAAGGCAUAUAAGAAGAUCGCGGACGCGCCCAAGCCAUAG